GUUGCGUCAGUUGUGUAGUGUAGCAAACUCUCGCAGCUAUUUUCUCAACGAUACAGGGAAUAUUACAUAACAUUGGAGAUCAAGUCAGAAUGGGCCAUUUUCUAUCUCUCACCACCUUACUGUACCUGCUUGUUACGAGCUGCUCGGGCUCCCCUCCCUCGAAUUUCAUCCUCCUGUUCGCGGACGACCUGGGGUUCGGCGACCUAGGAUGCUACGGCCAUCCAACCUCGCUCACCCCCAACCUGGACCGAUUGGCGGCCGACGGACUGAGAUUCACUGACUUCUACUGCACCAGUCCCGUCUGCAGCCCCUCCAGGGCGUCUUUGCUGACAGGGCGCUACCAGACCCGGUCAGGGGUGUACCCGGGGGUGUUCUACCCCGGUUCCCGCGGGGGUCUACCGCUGAACGAGACCACCAUAGCAGAGGUGCUAAAGCCCCUGGGCUACGCCACGGCAGCCAUGGGGAAAUGGCACCUGGGGGUGGGGGAGAACGGGAUGUACCUGCCCACCCGACAGGGUUUUGACCACUACCUGGGGGUCCCCUACUCCCAUGACAUGGGACCCUGUCAGAAUCUGACAUGUUUCCCUCCAGAUGUUAAAUGCUUCGGACACUGUGACGUCGGCGUGGUAACCAUCCCACUAAUGCACAAUGAUGUCAUAAAGCAGCAGCCUGUGGACUUCCUGGAUCUGGAGAGGGUUUACAGUGACUUUGCCACAGACUUCAUCACCCAGUCUACCAGGAAGAAACAACCCUUCUUCCUCUACUACCCCUCCCAUCACACCCACUACCCCCAGUAUGCAGGUCCGGCAACGGCAGGGCGGUCUCGUAGGGGUCCGUUUGGUGACGCUCUGCUGGAAUUUGACUCUACAGUAGGGAAUCUGCUCUCAGCUCUGGAACAUACUGGCGUCCUCAACAACACUCUCAUACUGUUCACUGCUGAUAAUGGGCCUGAGUUGAUGCGUAUGUCUCGAGGGGGUAAUGCUGGUCCUCUGAAGUGUGGUAAGGGCACCACCUAUGAAGGGGGCAUGAGAGAACCUGCCAUCGCCUACUGGCCUGGGACCAUCACACCAGGGGUCACCCAUGAGCUGGCUAGCACCCUGGAUAUCAUGCCCACCAUCGCAGGGCUGGCGGGGGCCAAACUACCAAUGGUGCAGCUGGACGGAGUGGACAUGACGGACAUCUUGGUCAACCACGGACCGAGUAAGAGAGAGGCCAUGAUGUUCUACCCUACAGACCCCAGUGAGAAGUACGGCUUGUUCGCUCUCAGGCUGGGCAAAUACAAGGCUCACUUCUACACACGCGGUGCAGGCCAUAGUGAGACCACCCCAGACCAGGACUGUCACAUAAUCUCCUUCCUGAAGCCCCAUGAUCCUCCCCUGCUGUUUGACUUGGAGUCUGACCCCAGUGAGAACUACCCCUUGUCUCCGCUGGGACGCCCCGACCUGCAGGCCCUGCUGCAGAGGAUAGGCGUGGUCAAGGAACAGUUUGAAGCCUCCAUGGAGUUUGGGGAGAGCCAGAUCGGGAAAGGUAGCGACCCUGAUCUUGAGCCCUGCUGCACCCCGCACUGCUCCCCCAAACCUUCCUGCUGCCAGUGUGGCUGAUGCAGCCUCAAACCGUCAGUAAAGCUUGUACUAUACCUUAAGUAAGACUAGAUCUAGUACCUCUAUUACUGUGGAUGAGGUACCCCAAAACUUAACCUCUGAAAGUGUGGAAAGACAGUUCUUUAAGCCAUAUGAGAGACUGUGGGAAGCAGCACUUUUUCAAACAUUAGAAAUGGUAUAUCCAGUAUGGCCAUUGUUCCACAUGAGUGUCUGCUCUACCAAUUCUAAUUCUAUGGAUGCGGGCACCCUCAUCCUCAUGUGGACCCUGCAUUCCAGUGACAACAACACCCAAAGACUACUGUAAUGGGCCCGGUUUCCCAAAAGCACUAUGCCUCAAUGACUCACUUAGCAACUGUGUGGUGUUUUGGGAAACGCAUGUUACAUCUUUGGCCGUUGUAGGAAAGAUGCAUUGUUAAAACACUCGUAAGCCUAAAUUCCAUCGCUAUCGGGAAACCGGGCCCUGGCUAGUUUUACGAAAGACGCUGUGUGUAUUCUUUUUAAAUACAGGAUUAUAUUAAUACACUAUUUUAUAGUGAGAGAGUAUGUAACAUCUCACACCCAGAGGAGAGGAGUGGUAGUUAAGUUCAAACAUAUCUUUACUAACUAGACAGACCUUAAUGUAAACAAAUUGUACAAAUCUAAGGAAAUGUAUUUUACAGAUGACAAUUUUAUAUGGCCUAGCUAGUCUAUAAUCAGGUUGUUGGUCCGAGAUACAUGAUUGUAGCUUGGACCUAAAUCAUGCAUUAAUGUUGACAUUUGAAUUACAGUGGCAGAUCUGAAGUUAGGAUUUUACCCUAUAAAUGAACAGAUUCAUGAAACUGUUAUUGCGACUCAGUAGCACGGUGACACAAGCACAAGAAAGAGACAGUCAGACGCAUUUGGACAUCAAGCAUAUAUUUUAUUCAUAAUACCAAACCCAUGACAAGGCAGAGUGUAUUUUUUUUUUUAUGUUUUACUUUUAGAUUUGUACAAGUCAUUUUUUAAAGAUACAAUAUAGAUAACUUUGUAUUUGUCACAUACUGAUGCUCUAGUUAUACAGUGAAGAAUCUAGUUUGUUUAGGUAUUAAAGUCCAAAGUUUAGAUGAACUGUUAACUGGAUGUUUGAGCUGCUAUACAGGACUAGGGAAUCGGUUGGUGUACUGUAGCUAUCAGGGAAGAUAGAAGGGCUUCAACUAAGCUCUUACAGGACAGAAAAACAAAAGACAAAACUAACUGGUACAGGUAAGAUAUGGAGCUUGUCUGGAGCUCAAAGCCAUGGGCUACAUUGGCAAGAUGCGAUAGGUUCCUGUAUAAAAGCAGGCUCUCUGAAAGCUGUUUUUAAUUGGUUCAGCUCUACUUCUCUGCUCUAUCAGCAGAUUGGCCAGCAAUUGGGUGGGUGUGUUGUUGGAUCUCAGCAAGGUCAAAGGUGACACAUUACAUGUGUCCCCUAAUGAUGAUGUCACAGAUAUGCCUAAAGGGGUGCUGCUAAAGCCUGUCUGGGGUGAAUGUUUGAGUUAGCAAGAACUCAAAAUGUCACCUUGGUAGUUGACGUAGAGUCAACGUGUGGAAACGCAGCACACUCAAAUAAAAACAAGAACUGGAAAUGUAAAAAUUAUUUUUCCACCUUGGUUUUCAUGUUUGUCAACUUUUUUGAAUUUCUCUUAUUUUAAAUAUUAAUUUCAAUAACAUACAUAACGUAAAGGACACAGUACAAUCUUUUCAACUCUUUAUAGUAUUUACAGGAUCUAACUGACAGCGAUACACAUUUAGAUUACACACUCCCCACUGUCACUAAUGAUAAACUGGUCACCAACUCAUCACCAGCAGAUCAAUGAUGCACUUGUCUACAUGAUCCUUUUUUUGCUGUUUAAUAUUUGUUGAAGAAUAAAAGCAGUAGAUGAUGUG